AUGCCAUCUCCGGUCUUCCUCGAUAUCAUCUGUGUUCUCUAUCUCCACCUUAUGAAUGUCUCUAAUUUCGGAGAUGAAUUGAUCAGUUUAGAAAUGUAUCUGACACUGACAAAAGUUACUGACAACUUUACGAACCAACUGUACAAUAGGGCAAUAAACAAUACUCUCACACCAAUGGUUGCUACAGCUUAUUGCUGUCGCUGUCGCUGCCGCACUGCAGCCUUGCGAGCAAACCCCAUCGCCGGCAGCAACUGUUUGCCACUGCGCAUCAUUCCUUCCGACGUUCCUCUUCAACAGUUUGGAAUAGCUUCGUGUGAUGCACAUGCUGCCAAUGAACAUAGGUCACGCAACAUGCCUCUAUCCUCAAUACGCAGAGAAUUCGCAAGGAGAGUGGGUCACAUACGAACCUUCUCUUCAAACCUCGAAAUGAAAGACUUUUUAGGUUACCUGGAUUCCCUAAAAAAUUACGAGAAAUCAGGAGUUCCGAGAGGUGCCGGCACCGAGUCCGAUGAGGGUUUCGAUCUUGGUAGAAUGAGACGACUCAUGGAGCGUUUCGGUAAUCCUCACACCAAGUUCAAGGCUGUUCAUAUUGCUGGGACUAAGGGAAAGGGAUCUACAGCUGCAUAUAUAUCUAAUAUUCUCAGGACGGAAGGAAGAUCUGGCAAUCCAGUGUCGGCAAAGUUGCUGAAUGAUCUCUUUCAUAGGAUGAAGGCAGAACUUGACCAGGCAAUGCAAGAGGAAAAUGGUUGCAUAAGCCAUUUUGAGGUUUUCACUACAAUGGCAUUUAUCCUAUUUGCCGAUGAGAAUGUUGACAUUGCUGUUAUUGAGGCUGGGUUGGGGGGUGCACGAGAUGCAACAAAUAUCAUAUCCAGCUCCCAACUUGCUGCAGCAGUCAUAACUACUGUAGGUGAAGAACAUUUGGCAGCUCUUGGGGGUUCUUUGGAAACAAUUGCAAUGGCAAAGGCAGGAAUCAUAAAACAAGGCCGUCCAGUUAGGUGUUUCUCUCUAUAG